CUUUGGUGAAGUCGCCUAGAGAGCUUUCUGUGAUGCUGUUCUUCACAAAUUUAAGUGUCAACGGUGGCACCAGAUAUGCCAGCUGAUAUGCCCGCUGUGGUGAAGAAGGAUUUCCACUGUUCGUUAUCUUGCAGCGCUAUGUUUGAAUGUGCAGGAUAAUAAAUCACAAAUAUAAACACAACACAAUGCCUUGGAUAAUACAAUAUUCUCAUUACUUGCUACCAUGUUUGAAUAACAAUUAAUAUUAUAUAAAGAAGGAUCUUAUUGAUUUGUUCUAAACUGUGCUUGAGGAUUAUUUUUCUGUUCUGAUCUGGGAGAUAUUGCUAUUUUUCGAGUGAAAUAAUUUGGUUAUGCCUCUGUUUAACAAAGUAAUCACUAACCUUUUUGUACAAAUUUUAAAAGAGUGCAUCAUUAAGUGAUAGCACAAAUUUGUUUUCAUGAAAUUCCCUAUGCUGUCAAGUAAAGAAACCAUCUUUUUAUCAUUGUAGCAUUGAUAAGAUAAACCAUAAAUAUUAAGUGACAUGUUUCUGUACAUGACACAAUAUGUCCUGUUAUACUUGUCAAUCAAAAUUUAAUUGGAGGAAGAAGGAGUUGGGCUGUAAAAGUUGUGGGAAAGCAUUUUGCAAAGACUGUCUAAAACAGAAAAUAACCGUACCAAAAUUGGGAACUGAGGAACUUGUUUGCAACAAAUGUUUCAAAGAAAUUACAACCAAACAACAAAAGAAUACCACUCAAAAGCAGCAUGGAUAUGUUGACAAUCCUAACACAUAUUUUGGACCUUCAAUGCGUGAUAUUGCUGGAAAUCAAAGCACAAGUACUGAUGAUGCUAUCAAGGAACGGUUGAAACGUUUAAAGGACACAGAAAACACAAACGCAUCAUCAGAAAAAGAUAUCCAUCAACGUUUUCAACAGCUCACUGGUAGACAGUCUCACGCCAGCAGUAAAUCAAAUAUUUUAACUCCCCAAAAGAAAUUAACUGAGACUGAAGAAAUUGCAAAUUUACUCAAACAAACUCAAGAAGAAGUAGGUAUUGAUCAGAAGUAUGAAAAAAAUGAUAGCAACGAGGAUGUAAAUAGAAAAAUUAAUGAUAUGGAAGAGAGAUUUUUGAGAUUAACAGGAAUUGAUCCAGAGGUUUCAGGAAGAAGUCUUAAUCAAGGGAGUGACAGCUCCGAAGACGAGUAUGAAGCAACUAAACGUGUUAUCAAAAAGGCUUUAGCAGAAUCACAAUUAGAUGAUAAAGUCAAGGCUGAGGGUUAUGGUGAAUUAAUUAUGGAAAAUAAAAUGCGUGGCAAGCUUCCUGAAGUUCCAUCAACUGCCCCUGGUACAAAAAAAUAUACCUUUGGUGGAGUGAAUGAUGACAGCGAGGAUGAAGAACUUCCUUGGUGUUGUAUAUGUAAUAAUGAUGCGACAAUACGCUGCCAUGAUUGUGAUGAUGACCUUUACUGUAGACGAUGUUUCAGAGAUGGACAUGCCGAGUAUGAUAUGAAACAUCACAAUACCUCUUCUUAUAAUCCACCGAAAAAAAAGAGAUGACGUUGGCUAUCAUCAAACAAAACUUUUUACAUAAUUUUAAUAGAUUUAUACUAUAAAUGCUUCUUAAACUCUUGAACACUGACUUUAAAACCCUUUCGCUUCCCAGGUCUUUGGGUCAUCCUAGUUACCAUUAUAAAACUUUUGAACACUUAUUGUUAUUUUUGAAAGUAGACUGAACUUUGUACAA